AUGUUGCCUCCUCAACCAGCUGUUCGCCAACCGGCUGGCGGAUCUACGUCCCGUCUGCCGACUACAGGCAGUACAAGCGGUCAACCAAUUGAGAUCUCAUCUGCGGAGGAGUCAUCAAGCGAUGAUUCCAGUAUGGAUGUAGACUCUGAUCAGCAUCCGGGCUCCCAUCAGCCCACCGCACCUCUACCGCCGCCGCCGCAGGACGAGGACAAGAUGGAACUCUCCGACGACCCCAUAUCCGACUCCGACGCGCAAAACACUCCCCUGCCUCCACCAACGUUCGAUGAGUACGCGGACCUCCAGUACCCCGCCGUCCGGCCUUCACCACAACCACGAUAUGAAGGCCAAACCGACGAUGAGGAACAAGAUCUCACCCUCCAAUCCCCACUCUACCCAAUUCCGGAAUUCGAAGAGAGGCCAGAUGAUGAGCACGAAGACCUCACCCUUCAGUCGCCGCUAUACCCAGGUUCUGAGUUCGAACAACCACCGGAUGAGGAAGAGGAUCUCACCCUCCAAUCCCCACUCUACUCCAACUCAGAGUUCGACCACCCACCAGAUCAUCAAGUCGAAGACGAGCAAAUGUCCGUCGCCCCCACGUCACCAGGAUCAGGCGGCCUCUUCGUGCGCGACGAGACAGAAGCACAAAAUUUCGAGGCGGCGUUGGCAUGGGAGGACGAUGGUACACAGCGGUCCGUCGCCGAGUCUGGGCUGGGACAAGAAGAGGAAAGGCCGGACAGUGAAGAGGAGGAUGCGAUGACAUUGAUUGCGUCUCCUUCUGCUGCACCUUCGUCGGCUGUGCCUACUUCGGCGGGUACGGGUCUGUUUGUGUCUAAUGGGAGUGAGACGAGGGGUUUUGCGGGCGCUUUGGAGUGGGAAGAGGAUGAUGCUGAUGACGGCGAUGAGGAGAUGGAGGAUGAAGGGGAGGGUGGUGUGGAGGUUAGGAGGCGAUAG